AUGACUUUUGGCAGGCAAGCCAUGACGGCGGCAUGCCGUGCAGCCGCGGCGGUAUUGGCGUGCGGCGGCUCGGCAGAGGCGGGCGUAGCGGCUGCGGAUAGCCCCGUCACUAAUGCCGGUACGGGAUCCAGCCUCAACCUGAUGGGUCGAGUGGAAUGCGAUGCAGCGGUGAUGGCGGGGGAUGGCAGGUUCGGGGCGGUGGGGGCCGUGGCAGGUGUGUAUAACCCCAUUUUGGCGGCAGCUGCCCUGACCCGGGACGCAUCGGAGCCCCUCAGCUGCGGUCGAGUACGGCCCAUGUUAUUGGUGGGUGAGGGAGCUCGCAGUUAUGCGUACGGCGCGGGACUAGCUGUUUGGUGCCCGGAGCAGCCCGUGCCGCCCGAGUUCCAGGUCACGCCUGCGUCCCUGGCGGCCUGGCGGAAGUACAUUGACAUGAUUCGACGGGCGGCUGUAGCAACUGAAACAACCGCCGCAACGACCCGAGUCAACGAACAACGGUAUGCGCUAACGAGGGGGGUGGGCCCGGCGGCAGGGGCUGCGGGGGCAGGGGGCCGAGGGCCGGCGGCCAUGACGGCGCAAUUUAGCGCUGGAGAGGCCGCCACCGCCGCCGCCGCCGCCGCUGCGGCGGCGGUGCCCAUUCCGAUGACGACAGCGGUGACGGCGGCGGCGGCCCCACGGCCACCAUCGCAUAUCCAUGAUGGCCAACUGUACGGCACAGCAGCCGCCGCCACCGCCGUCGGGUUACAGCCCACCAUCACCACUGACACAAACAGUACGGCGAUGGAGAGCAUAGGUGUGUAUCAGCUCUGUACGGCACUCGAAAUGACGGCCGGGCUGACGCCGACAGCGGCGGUGGGUGAUGGGCAGCGGACGUGUGCCGGAGAUCACGCCGUACGGCAGUCAGAUCUGGAUCCAGAAAACUUGGAUCCACCUAAUAUCUUUCCCAGUGGGGAAGCUAACGGAAGUUGUAACGCCAACACAACCAGCUCCUUGCCGCUGCUGAGAACGAAACGCGCACGCCGCGUUUCCUCUUGUACGGCGUCGGGUACGGCAGCUGACGGCGUCAGUGCCGCCGACCGCGACUCUGGCCAGGGGUACGAAACGAAUACGUCAUUAUACGACAAUGGCGAUGAGGAAGAUAUGCUGUACGACACUGUUGGCGCGGUGUGCGUCGACUUUCGAGGCUGCUUGGCGGCGGGCGUCUCCUCCGGCGGCAUCGCCGUCAAGUUCCCGGGCCGUGUCGGCGAGGCGGCGAUGUACGGCAGUGGCUGCUGGGCUCAAAACCCAUGGGCAUGUGACACCUGUACCGCUGCCGCCGCUGCCGCCGCCGCCGCCGGCACUGCCGCCAGUAAUGGCGCCAACACGCUUGCCUUGCUUCCGCCACGUCCGCCGCGGCAUCUUCUGCCGUCGCCGCCGCCAGCCGCCGCCGCCAGUGGCCCCUACCACAGCAGCCGCCGUCAGCGCUACUGCCACUGCCGGCCUGGCUUCGCCGCCAGCGUGACGGGGGUCGGCGAGGCGGUGAUACGAGCGGACCUUGCACGACAACGAGACUCUCUGCGAAGUGCUGCUCCAGCGACUUGCCCCGGCGAUGGCGGCAGAGGCUGCGGUGGAGGAGACGGCAAGGUGGUCUGA